UCCGACAGCAUCAGAAGGCACCAGGGAAGGCUCGCUCCCUUGCGUGCUCCGCAGAUCUGUCAGAUUCAGGAUACUACUCAGAUAGCGGGUCACUGAACGCAUCUGGACGCUGUCGAACAAGAACCGAUCCGUUCGGUUUGUCCGUUAUCGUCUUACCGGAAACAUCAUUUCUUUUCUUUUUUUAAAUAAUACUACCCGCCGUUAUAACUUGUUGUAGUUUAAAAAUGAUUCAGAGUUCUCUCUGCCAGGAUGCACGGGUUAACUAGCUAACGUUAGCCGAGAGCAGCUAGCGUUCAUCGUCCACUGUUUGGGGGAAAGUAGCGGAGUCCGUGUUCUUUCUUUCAGCCGUGUGGGGGGUGAGUGAACCGGAGUAAAUAUGGAGAAAAGUAACCGUUUUGUAGAACUGUACCGCUAUCUGCAGGACCCCCACCUUGUCGCCCGCUUUCAGCGCUUUUGUGGAGUGCGCGGUUCAUUUUCGAGAACCGUCUGCGCUGGUAGUAACGUUACCAGCAGCAGCAGCAGCAGCAGCAGCAAGGAAGCAGACCGGACUUACUCGCACAACAACGGUGCUUGCCAUCAUCACAUCACCGAAGAAAAUGAGAGUGAAAACUUGUCCGUUAUAGGAGCUGGGGAAGGGGAGAAAGUACAAACGGCAGCAGUGGGUGUUCGAAAGAGGAUCACCGAUUCAAAUGUUCCGAAAAACAGAGGAGAGGAGAGUGAAAAUGCUCCCCAGAACGGGGCACUUGUGUCCGCUUCGACCGCCAAGGGAGAAACGGUUGGUGUGGGCAGUAACGGCCGGAGCCUCGCCGGGGCCACCGCCGCGGGUCAGGGCGGUCACAGCGGGGUCCGGCCGGACUUUUCAGAGGCAACCGAAACAGAGGAGAGGGAAACGGAGAAGAGCAGCACAGUGAAACCCCUACGCAAAAACUCUCUGACGGGCGACGCCGGGCAGGAGUUCCUCAUCGAGAACCGGUUCUUGUACUACAUGUUCACUUUCGGAACCGAGCUGGGAAACGAGCUCUUUUACAUCACCUUCUUCCCCUUCGUCGUGUGGAACGUGGACGCCUUUGUGGGCAGGAGGCUGAUCAUGGUGUGGGUCUGGGUCAUGUACCUGGGGCAGUGCACCAAGGAUGUGGUCGGGUGGUCCCGGCCUGCUUCCCCACCUGUGGUCAAAGUGGAGAUGUUUUACAACUCUGAGUACAGCAUGCCGUCCACACACGCCAUGUCGGGCACCGCCAUCCCCUUCUCCCUGUUCUUCAUGACCUACGGCCGCUGGGAGUACCCGUUCACGCUGGGCUUCUGCUUGGCUCUCUGCUGGUGUCUGCUGGUCUGUGUCAGCCGGAUCUACAUGGGAAUGCACUCAGUCCUGGACGUCAUAGCCGGCGUCCUGUACAGCAGCCUGAUCCUGCUCGUCUUCCUGCCGCUGUUGGACCUGAUCGAUGGCUUCAACCUGACCUGUCGCUACGCUCCGCUCAUCAUCGUCUGCCUCCACCUGGGCCUGGGCCUCUUCUCCUUCACCUUGGACACGUGGAGCACCUCGCGAGGCGACACGGCUCAGAUCCUGGGCACGGGCGCCGGUGUGGCCCUGGCCUCCCACGUCAACCACUACCUGGGUCUGAUGCCCGACCCCGCCCUGGAGCAGCUGCCCUUCGCCCUGCCCGGCCUCAGCGCCGGCCUGGUGGGCGCGGGCGUGCUGCGGCUGGUCCUGGGCGUGCUGGUGCUGAUGGCCACGCGGGCGCUGAUGAAGGCCGUCACCAUCCCGCUGGUGUGCCGGGUGUUCGGGGUGCCCAGCGCCGAUGUGAGGAAGGCCCGGCAGCACAUGGAGGUGGAGCUGCCCUACCGCUACAUCGUCUACGGGGCGGUGGGCUUCAACGUGCAAUUCCUGGUCCCGUUUCUCUUCAGCUACAUUGGGCUCUCCUGAUUGGACGUUCAGCCAAGUCCCUGGCUGGGAAACAGACAGGGAACCUUCUAAAUGUUCACCUGAUGCUGUUAUCCGUCAGAUUUUUCCAUCCAGAACUCCUUUUGUCAGUCCUCUGGGUUUGGGACUAAGGUGAAUUAAAGCCUGAAAGCUGAUCUGGGUGCUGACAUGUUCUCAGUUUUUCAGUUCCCCCCCCUCCCCCCUCCCGUCGUUGGCUCAGGUUGGGUUCAGGAGGGAUUAACCACUAGCGGCUGGGAAAUCUGGUCAACUUGGCCUCGACUAGUAUCAGUUCUGUGGCGAGUGAUAUCUCUCUGUCCUGUUCUUUUAGAGUCAUUUAAAAUCAAGUGCGAUGGCUCCACCUGGUCCCAGGACACACCCACUCCUCCUCCUCCAGCUUCAUUCAAAGGAAACAGUGGCCUCUGAAAGACAUACAACGCCACUGAUCGCUACUGAAAAUUGACCUGUGUCUUACUUUUUACAUUUCAUUAAUGCUGUUGUUAUUAUUAUUAUUAUUGGGAGUUCAGACAAAGAACCACACAAGCAAGUCUUUGGAAGACAUUUGGGAGACAUUUUUCCAUCAUUUAAACGCAGCAUGUUCAGAGGAGAUUGUGCACUUGAAGGCAACGUCUACCGACUCCACAGUCUUUUACCGGCUGAAAAGUGUUGAGUAACUCCUUUAAAACCUUAAUAGGCGAGUGCUUGACACAGUGUGUUGUGUAGGGCAGCAGCUAACAGUUAUUUUUCAUCAUCCAUUCGUCGUUAAAAAUGGCAGAAAAUAAUGACAAAUGUUCAGUUACAAUCCUCACAUUUAGAGAAUCUGCAACCGCGGAACAUUUGGGGUUUUUUAGAGCGAAGAAUGGCGAUUGAUUGCUUGUCAAAAUGGUUGCAGAUCAUCCGUCUUGGUUCAGUGUUCAAACGCUGUGUGGUUCUUUGUCAGGAGGCUUCUUAAUAUUAAUAUUUGAUCUCCCUCUGGUCUGUCUCUCCCCUCUCAAAGCAAUACCAUUGUAUACUUCCAUAUUCCCGAGUUCAUCCUGGGGGAGCUAGGUUUCUCUUCCGCC